UUCAAAAAGACGCAUAUUUUCCCAGGAAAAGCGUCGAGUCUGAAUGAUGUUGUUUCCGAAGAAAAUGGAGUUAAAUAGGCGACCUUGUAACUGGAUGUGCUUGAUCCCGCUUUCUCUUAUGGGAAUCAUAUCUACUGCGUUACCUCUCUCUGAAAGUAAAACAUUUUCCAAUCUUGACUGCACCAACGACCUUGAGAAUCAUAUGUGUUGUUACUUUGAAGCACAGAAUUGCUCCUUAUACAACUUGACUCUCCAGAGCAAUGACGGACAUGGGAUGAAGCAUUGUACUCCCAAUCAGUGUGACAGUGGACAGUGUUGCUGCUCUGUCCAAAUGACACUUGUUUUAGGGGAGUCUUUUACAGCAGUGGUUUUGAAAGAAGGCCAAAGAAUGGAGUCCAAGAUCAUCAACAUCAGAGAAAGCAUAAAGCCCAAAACCCCAACAAUCAUCUCAGUGGAAGAUGUCAAUGGUAGUUUUCGAGUCUCGUGGAAGACAAAUACAAUGGGUGUCUUUGGUGAUGACUUGAAAGUUAAUGUGACGUACCAUAAAAAAGGAGACACAGAAAUGGUCUCUGAGUUUGUCAAACCAGCUACCAUUAAUGGACUGAAAUUCCAUGAAAUUUCUCGUCACAAUUUGGAGCCAAGCACAAGAUAUGUGGUCAGCGUGAAGAGCUACACUGAUCGGAGUGGCAAGUUCAGUGACAGUAGCAACGAGUGGGAAUUCACAACUCGUAAGAAAGAAGCUGCCUCCCCUCACAUCUGGCACUUGGUUGUCAUUGUCAGCUUGAGUUUUGCUGCAGUCAUCAUCACUAGUGCUGCAUUUGGCUGUUACAACAGCUUCAAAGCAAAGUGUUUGGAUACAGUGGCCAUAUGUCCGAAUCCAAAACUUUUUGACAUGCGCCCAGGUGAAGAACAGAUCUUAAAGUUGCCAGAAAUCAGCCUCUCAUCUAUCUCCACUGAUUCUGCUGUUUUAAAUAACACUAAACCAUGGUCAGCGGGGUCACUGACAGACACUAACACUGGGAGCCCUCAGCAAAGCAGUGGAAUCAGUGCUGGCUCUUCUUCUCACACACAUACUAAUACAAAACCUGUUGACAUCAAGGCUGGUGUUCAGGAUGCCCUUGGUAAAGCCUUCCCACUGCUCAGGCCAGUAACAUCAGUGACCACCAAUCAGCUUAGAGAGUCAAACGAAGCGAGUGGUUUAUUCUCCGCUCCCUACAAUCCAAGUUCAAACAAUGAUCCUGGAUCCACUGACUUUGAAAACAUGAGCUAUUUCAUUCGCAUUCCCAGCUACCCACAUCAGAAAAUGACAGACAGCUCUGAAGUCCAGACCCAGGCUGACAUGAUAUGUCAUGGCGACAGUGCAAUCCAGAUUCUGGGAGAUUUUCUUAUGCUGAGGACUCCAGUUUAGCCUCUACCUCUAGUGACUCCAACACAGUUGGAUCAUGUGAUCCUGUGUCCAGAGUUGAGGCUGGAUGUGAGUGUUUCGAUGAUUGGGUCAGUGGUGCUACAGAGCCAUAUGGAAAAAGUGAAGAGGCCAUUGUAUGUGAUGAAAAUCCCUGCUACGGCCGCUUGCCUGCUGGUUUACACAGCUUUCAUGGAGUGGAUAACAACUACCAGGCAUUUCAAAAUGUAGUGGGGCAGCCUGAUGUUUUGUUUCCUGAGCAGAGAAGUGGGGAGAGAGAAGAACAUGUAGACAAAUAACCAGAGAAAUCAUUCUCAACGUUUGUUUCAUUUUAAACCCUCUAAAACUGAUGUAGCAACUAGAGGACUCUGACUCCAGCUUUCAGUACUGAGCUUUCAACAGUCCUGUGGAGCUCCUGGUCAGAAUUGUAGAAUUAGGCAUCUCUUCUCUGAACCCUAUGGCCCGUUUACACAGAAAUACACACCAACUUGAAACAUCUGUGUCAGCACCAGAAUGACACAUACACCUCUCUAAGCAUAGAUAAUGAGUGUUCCUCAGAGGAAGCUCAUUUUUCAGUGCAUGUGGAGAAAUAGAGGUAUUCAGAGAAAAAGUUCAACAAAUGAUGUUCUUCGAGAAUAUGUCCUUUGUAGAAAGUUCAAUUUGUCAACAUUAAAGUUUGUUAAUCAGCCUAAGUAGCAGGGGCAUUUCACAUGGAGAGACACAUUGCUUCUGAGUUCAUAACACUGUUUUUUUUUUUUCUUAAUUCUUUGGCCAUCAAUACAAAAAAUCUUACAUUCAGCAUAUUUUUUAUUGCUUGUAAAUGCAUAAAUUGUGUUAAAUGUGUAUAACAAGUAGUGAGAUUACACUAGUAUCUCAAUUUUGUAUUGGCAAACAUGCAGUUUAGUACAUAGUUAAGCUAUCAGACAGAGCUGAGCACUGGAAAUGAUUGUGCCUGGUGUAUUUGUAUGUAACCCGUUGCAUGUCAGCAGAACAGCUCUUGCAACAUAAAGAUCUUUUGUGAAAUGCACCUCUUCUCCAAAAAGUGCAUUUCACAAAAGUGUUGCUGUGAACACUGUUAACAGGAUGUUCACCCAUUUACCAAGACAUCCUGGCAUUGGUGAAUGAACUGAUAAUUUCCUCUAAAGAGCUUCAAAAGUUAAGGCCACACGUGUCAUAUAUUACUGUAACUCUGCCUCCACCUGGUGGUCUGAAAUGAAUACAGCCUGUCAGUGAUGCCACAGUAAUUCAUGUAUUCAGUGAGCUUGUUAUACACAGAAUAUGGAUCAUGUACAUUUUACAAUAAACAUAAAUGACAUGAA